AUGCCGACUGCGACGAACGGAAUCGGAGACAUCCUCGAUGUCGCCAUCAUUGGCGCAGGGCUGUACGGCUUCAAGGCUGCACAGACAUACCUACAACUGAAGCCAGACGUUAACCUUAACUACCCGGACGCUCCAAUGCCUAAAGAUGGGGUAACAGACAACAACAUGGUCUCGAGGGAGAUGAUCUUCGAAUAUAUGGAUAAAUAUGCAGAUGACAAUGAUCUCAAGAGACGUAUCCGCUGUGAAAGUUGGGUUUCGAGCAUCGAGCGUUGUCCUCUAGGGAUCAUCCGACCCGAAGGCGAUAUUACCAUCCUACGCGAUAAUAUCGACUACGUAGACUCAGCAGGGGCCACCUUGCGGUCUAGAGAAGUGGUUGUGGCCCAGUAUAUGAUAUACUGCACCGGGUGGGGCGACCAUUUCAGCUUCUUUUCCCCAGAGCUUAAACAAGAGCUUGGAAUCCCACAAUAUGGCGAUGUGAUUUUGCAAGGGAAUUCUGAAUCCGAUUCAGGCUGGGAGGCCCAUGACCAGUUAGCGGAUGCUGUCGUCGCCAGAAAAUUACCGCUUUUGGCAGCAGGUCCGAAGGACUUCGAGAAACCAGAUCCCAAUCGCAUUUUGAUACAGCGGCGUUGGCGACUCUACAACAGAUGUGUUCCUAUCUCCACGACAAAUGACGUGGAUCGGUCGGUUGUCGUGCUUGGCCAGAUACAUACGACCCAGACUCCAACAAUUGCAGCAGUCCAAUCGCUUUGGGCCAUCGCCUAUCUUCUAGGGGAGGUCGAUGCCCCUAGCAAGGAGGUUAUUACUCGGGAGGUGACCGAAUGGAAUGGCUGGACUCGCAAGAGAUAUUUAGGUGUUGGUGAGAGGUACCCGUACGCCCUCUUUGACUGGAUUCCGUAUCUGGACCGACUCCUUCAUGGCCUUGGCGUCAAGUGUCGGCGCAAGAAGGGGAUGUUUGCAAAUUUGUUUGGGCCACAUAGUCCAGAUGAUUACACUGGUGUUGUUGACGAGUAUAUGGCCGUGCGGAAAGAGAGACGGGAAAAUAAAGAGUCUUGA